AUGGCAGGUGCAACAAUCUGCAAAUGCCUGAACAGAGCUAUGGGAACUUCGCUAGCUGGAUUUCUUGCAGUUGGGGUCCAUUGGGUUGCUAGUCAAUCAGGAGAGAAAUUUGAGCCUAUAAUCAUGGGAGCUGCAGUUUUCCUACUAGCUUCUGCAGCAACCUUCUCAAGAUUUAUUCCAGCAAUAAAAGCACGGUUUGAUUAUGGUGCUAUGAUCUUCAUCCUCACUUUCUGUUUGGUCUCAGUAUCUGGUUAUCGGGUGGAGAAAUUGCUAGUUAUGGCCCAAGAGAGACUAUCAACUAUUAUUAUUGGGACUGCUUUGUGCAUUCUCACAAGCAUGCUUGUCUUUCCCAUUUGGGCUGGCAAUGAGCUUCAUCUUCUCAUCACCCGUAACAUGGACAAACUUGCCAAUUCCUUGGAUUGUUGUGUCACUGUGUAUUUAAGUGAGAGUGGAAGCAUCACCAGCGGUGAUGAAGACUUGAAUAAGAGAAUGCCAGCCUACAAAUGUGUACUGAAUUCAAAAGCAACAGAAGAUUCCAUGGCGGCCUUCGCUAGAUGGGAGCCUGCCCAUGGUCGAUUCAGUUUCCAGCAUCCAUGGAAACAAUACCUCAAAAUUGGAGCAUCAAUGCGAAGUUGUGCUUACUGCAUAGAGACACUAAAUAGUUGCAUCAACUUAGAAAACCAGGCCCCCGAGUUCUUAAAGAAUCAUGUGCAUGAGACCUGCUUGAGAGUGAGCUCCAAGUCGUCAAGUAUCUUAAGAGAGCUAGCAAAAAGCAUCACAACAAUGACUCUGUCCUCCACAAUAGAUAUCUCAAUUGAAGAAGUAAACAACGCAGUAGUAGAUCUCCAAAAUGAUUUGGAAGCCCUUCCUGGUUUACUCAUUUCACCACCAGUGACAGAGGCCAAAACUGCCCAAAACGAGAAAGCAGAACCAAUUUUGACCACCACCAUAACACCUCUUGUGGACAUCAUUCCACUGGUGACUGUUGCUUCUUUACUGAUUGAAAUCACCGGAAGGAUUGAAGACAUUGUUGAUGCUGUUGAAGAACUAUCAGACUUGGCUCAAUUUAAGCCUGCAUCUGAUGAAAAGCCCAAACAAAACCAAUCUAACCAGAAUAUUGUACCAGAUCAACAGAAAGAUAAUGAAACCAUGAAGGCGCUUCAAAGGGUCUGA